AUUCCUUUUCAGGGGAUGAAUAAUGCAUGCAUCUUGUGUUGAAAUCCAAAAGAGCUCUUCGCGUAUUGAUUGCGAUUUCUAUUGUACUUCUUAAAGAAAAAUCUAUGGAAGUGAUUGGCUGUCAAUAUUAGCACUAGAUAUACAUGUACUGUGAUUUUUUUAAAAUACGGGUAUUAAUCGUAAUUUUUUAUGUCAAUACAUCUUUAUAAUUUUCGAUGCAGUUUCAAACCUCUGGAAAUUCAGUAAUGAAUGCCAAAUUACUGCUCGAAAAGUAAAUAUUUUCAAACCCAACACAGACGUGGAAACUCUAUUACCUUGCCAGUAACUUCCAUGAACAUGUAUUUCAAAAGAGCUUUGAAUAUCACUGGUCACGUGAUCAAUUUGCUAUAAUUCAACGUCAUGAUUUUCGGUCAAACUUAUCUGGCGCUCGGGGAUAAAAACUUGAUUUAAAAAAAAAAAAAAAGUCAUAGGUUUGACGCGGCAUCGAGAUCGAGAUUCGAAACGGAACCUUCCGGUUGUGCCCUAACCACUAAAAUACCGCAACCCUCCCGUAGAAUCGCACUAUGUGAGAGGAUAUUAUAUUACCCUUGAUGUCGUAAUUCGUUAUUUUGAUGGAUUUUUUUUCCUCAGGGAAGGAGUUCAUCAGCAAGGCACGCCAGUUAUGUAAAAAGGGCGCAUGAGAGAGCACGCACUUGGAACAUGGGUCAACAAAUAAGCGUAGAAACGCUCUGUGGACAGGAUGAAGACUUGGGAGGGCGAUAUUGGAGCAGUUUUGAACCUUAUCCAUUCCGAGUUGGUGCUCGAAAGCUUUCUUACAUGGGGAUCCUGAAUGGAGAAGGCCCCCGGAGAGGCGAUCGGUGUAUCGUGAAGGCAUUCCGGCAAGGUUGUGCUACGAAAGAGGACUGGAACCACGAAUUAGAACGAGGGAGAAUGGCAAAAGCUCUCGCAUUAGAAUUUAACAGAGAAAUGUCUGAGAUAGGAGAGCGCGUGAAUCUUGUCUUCCAUACACCAAUGUUGGUUGAAAUCGACGAAGUUUCCUCGUAUAUGUGUGUCGCCUUGUUUUUGGGCAAACCAAGAAAGAAAAUGAGAGAGCUUGAAUACGUGACGGUGGAACCUUACCUUCACGGUAAAUUCCAAACUUUCAACAGUUCCAAAACGAAAAUGUUUGAUUCUAUGGUCAUGAACGCAUAUUCGCAUUACACGUGGUGCUGUACACAGGGAGAAUGCGUCAUAACGGGAAUAAAAGGCGUGACACAAUUCGAAAACUACUUCUUAACUAUACCCGUAAUUCAUUCCCGGGAAAGAAAAUAUGGUCGAACAGAUUUGGGACAAAUGGGGAUCGACAAUUUCUUUGCUAAUCACCAGUGUAACGAUUUCUGUCGGAACCUUCCACGGUUGGAUGAGCUUUCUUGUUUUCCAAAAGACUCAGACCUAGAUCUUGUCGCUUUCCAACUAGAAAGCGCGGGGUUUUUCUCCAAGAAAAUGGAUAAGGACAUUUCUGCGCCUGCAAAAAGAAUGGGCACGACUGUUCAUUGCGAUAAGCCUAGUCACUGUGUAUGCGAAUUUUUCCGCCUCCCUUGCCCGCACAGGAUUGAACACACAUCCGGGUUAAUUUACGCUAUAAAUCGUUCGUACAUUCAAGAAAAGAGUAGAUAAUUGUUACAGAGUCACAAAAAAUUAACUAGAUGAAAACAACAUCGAUAAAACUACGCAUGUUAUAUAUAUAUAUAUUUGCAUAUUUUUUCAAUCCUAAGGUGCUCUAGAUUUCUAACAAGCACAUAAUGCUCUAUUGUUCAUUCUGUACGGCGAUACAGGGUGUUUCAGAAGCGUACAGUAUUGAUCAUUUUCUAACGAGUAACUACAGCAUACCAGUUGUCUAGUGUGAUUAAGGCAUUAAUACCGAAUUAUACAUCAUACCUUUCCCCGAAAAUCAUUUUGUUGCAGGUGAAUAACACGGGAGGCACCUUGUUAUACAUGUAUGCAACUUUAUUUUAAGUCAACUUUAUUCGAUAUACAUGUACACAAUAUGUUACAAGUCUUGCAUUCACGUUGGCUGAAAUUCGAUGUAUAAGCGAUAUUCUUCUUUUCCUGAAGAAUUUGACUUUUCACUCGUAGUAAUAGCCUUUUCAAUACUUCGGUUUGUCUUCUACACCAUGCUUUCCUCAUUUUGUUUGUAAUGUGCAAACAUAUUUCUAAAACGUUUGGUUUUUGAACAGUUUUGUAUUAUUUAUAGUGUUGUCAGUUUUUAAAAGGUGAAAUAUACAUCAUUUAACUUUGGGUGUAUGUUUCUCCUUUCUUUGAACUUGGCCAGGGAACUGUAAGUAAUAUAAUAGUAGUAUUUUGGUAAUAUUAAACGUGUGUGCUUUUCAUGUAGGACAAUCCAGUUGUUGAAAAUUCAAAUUUUAUUAGUUUUUUCAAUAUCAAACAACUAAUGAAUGGUAAUUUAUCUUUAUUCAAGGAUGGUUCGUCUCAUAUUUUUAUUGGACAUGUUGAGGUGUUGCAUUUCGUAUGCAACAACUAGAGAAUGGGCAUAUAUGUAAAACUUAUACGGUACCAAUUUUGAUGCACCAGAUGCGCAUUUCGACAAAUAAUGUCUCUUCAGUGAUGCUCAACCGAAAUGUUUGAAAUCCGAAAUAACAAUGAAGUAUAUACUGAUGCACACAAAAAUGGGUGUUGCAGUUCUUGUUCAAUGAUGACAAUAAUCCAUCCUUAAGAUUAACAACCAGAUAGUAACAAAUAAGCUUUCAAAAUAUUCCAUCUAUACUAUAAAUGGUCGCAUUUGUUUUCUGAAACACUCUGCACAUGCGCGUGCGCAUGGAAUGUUAUCUCCUUUUUCACCUGUACUUUUCCAUUUGGGAUAAACUUAAAACGCGAAAGUUGAGGAUUGUUUACGAGUCUAGAUACAAAAAAUAUUAUUCAUUUUGAAUCAAAAAAGAGAAAAAAAUCUUAUAUUGCAUAUGACGUUUGUAUACUUAGAUGUGAUAGUUGUUACUGUAGCUUUAAGAGAUAAAAUGGCAUGAUUGUAUUUUACUUGACAUCAAGGGAUUUUAAUUCCAGACUGAUUUGUUAUUUGUUGGUCGCCGCAUGGGUUUUAUUUUGUUAGACCUGUCAGUUGUUACUUGAGCAUUAGAAAAUAAAGUGGCUUGAUCAUC